GUCGUCUACGGAGUAUCAUCAUAUAUCUGUAUUUAUUUACCGUAAAGAAAGUGAUUUGCAGUAGCCAUGCCCUCUCCGUUGCAGGAGAAGAGCCGGCGCUCGCGACUGCUCAGUGAUCUGGAGAAUGACAUUGUGAUAGGGUUGCUUCCUCCGCGCUGCGAGAGCUUAUCGACAGCCGUGGUGCAGUGGCUGGUUACGGACAAUUCCCAGCCCGACCAGUGGCGGAUAGCCGGAUGCGGGGCGGCCUGCUUUGUCCAGAACCACGCACAGAAGACGUUCUUAAUUCAAGUCUACGAUAUCGAGAGGUUUUGCCUGCUGUUCGAACACGAAAUCUACCUUGAGAUGGAUUAUCGCCGUUGUCAGACGGUGUUCCACAUGUUCGAAGCCGACAACCACAUGGUCGGCUUGAAUUUUGCCGAUGCUGUGGAAUCUAAAGAGUUCUAUGAAAUCGUCAUCUCGAAAACGCAGAGCGUGCGGAAAUUUAUGGCAUACCAGGAAUGGCAACAGAGCAGAACUGAUCAAAACCAAUCUUUUUCGACGGACAUGGAAGAUUUCCUGACUGAGUUUUAUAAAGCACAUCCAAACUGGAGAUCCACAGACGACUGGUGUGAAUAUAUUCAGGGGGCCGUCUGCGCCGGUCAACUAGAAGAAGCCCGAGAAUUAAUCGCGCAGAGCGAAAUGAGCGACCCGGAAUCCGUGCUAGAUUUUCUUUGUGUACAAAGUUGUUUGUCCGGUCAGUUCAUCACACUCUUGGAGGAUGUUGGCACCAAAUACGACCAGCUCCUGCGAUUGGUGUUCCAUCGCAUCGCCAACAGAAUUCCUGUAUACCUGGGAUCCUUACUAGAGCGUUUUCCACCACAAGAACGGAGAAAGCAACUUCUAUUGACACUGAUGGAGCUCUUUGACGACAACGACGACUUCGUGGCAUUUGAUGCCAUGUUCCACCUGCAUAUUCCACCGACCAUGCUACAACUGCAUUUGUGCGAUAUUCUGGAAGCUGUAUACCUUGAUGGAAGAAACCGAACGCCUGCGCUGAUGAACUUUCUGGAAUAUCUGGUUACUAAUGGCGUCAAGGACGAAGCAGUUUGCCUCGAUCUUGCCCAUUAUUACGUGGAGGAAGGCACACCUGAUAAACUUCUGUCGUUGUUAAGGAACUGCAGCCCGGAGCUUGUCAAGCAUGUUUGCAUGGAACGCGAGAGCUGUGGGGAUUUCGACAGCGCUCUGCUGAUUUACGAAGCACACAAUCGCCGCGAAGACUUUAUCAGGGUAUCUAGCAAAGCACAGCAAUUUGCGCGUCAGCUGUGCUACUUACUAAAGCAGCGCAGCGAAGGGCUCUGGGAGGACGCUCUGUGCCCGACUAAUGAUAAUCGUUGGCGCCUGCUGGAAGCCAUAGACGCCGUGCCGGUGCUGAACACUGGCCGCACUAACCCGCAAACAGCGCCGUGGCCGAGUGAUAUUUUCCACCAGUUAACCCUGCUAGUUCACGUAAUGGCCAGGAAAACGCCGGAUCUGCAACAAGAAACACAAAACCUCAUUCAGCAAUUACUGCAGGUUGACUUGUGGACUGUACAACAGAGAAAGCUUCUGGAACUGUACUCUCUGCGCUGCAUCUUAGCAUUCCGCGAUACAAUGACCGAAGGGGAGAUUCUACAAGUAUUUGGGCAGCAGCUCUACGCGUACAAUCCCCUAGUCGUGGUGCCGGCGCUGGCUCAUAUCGGACUGUUGGAAAUGGCUAAAGACAUUUGUCUUCAAGCCGGCUGCUGGAAGGAAUUAGCGCAAGUGUUCUCAGUAAACAAAAACAUCAGCAGGGAGUUCAUCCGGGAAGUGGCUGAUAAAAGCGGCGAUCCAGAGUUGUUGUUUCUUGCGGGCGAGCGCUGCCUGUUGGAGGAUCAGAUUGCCGACUCAUUGCACUACUUUCUGGAGGCCGGACGUUUCGAUUACUAUCUGCUGCCGCAUGGGAUUUGUUGAUACGAUUUCUGGAGAACGCCGGAGAACAUCAUGCCGACGUCUCCAUCAAUGUAGCCUUAGUGCUGGCGUACAGCUCAACCAACCGUUUACAGGAUGCCAUGGAACUCAUGCGCACCGCCGAAACACCCGAUUCCAACAACUGCCGCAUCUGUAUGGAGCUGCCGAAGAUCAUGGCUUUUGCUCCGUGUGGACAUGUGGUGGCUUGUGAGCGCUGCUCACAACAACUAAACGACUGUCCAGUGUGUCGUUC